CAUAAGAGCAGCCGGUGGAGGCGGAGUUGUACGUGCAGUUCUGUCCUGGUCCUAUGAUUGUUUGUAGUUUUAGCACAGCGGCGAAGUGAAGGAACAACAACUAAAGUGACAAGGAGUGGUGAUAUCAGCUUCCCAUUUUCCAGACCUCUGCUGUCUCUGUGUUUCUAGGCUGAACAAACUGUCCAACAGGAACAGAAAUGUCAGCAGAGAAGAUGGAGACAACAGCCAGUGUGUCCAAUGGAGCAGGGCCCACAUAUGAGGAAAAAGAAGAAAAACCUAGUCCCCAUGAUCUGUCUGAGAUGCUGGCAGCAGGGACCAAAGAGGUCCAUGAAAAAGCUGAGAACACCCAGUUUGUGAAAGAUUUCCUCAGGGGGCGCAUCAGAAAAGAGCUCUUCAAGCUUGGUGCCGUUGCUCUCUACUAUACUUAUGCUGCCAUGGAGGAAGAAAUUGAAAGGAACAAAGACCACCCCCACUUUGCCCCUUUAUAUUUUCCUCUGGAGCUGCACCGUCAUGAUGCCCUGGCCCGUGACCUUGAGUACUUUUAUGGUCCCGACUGGCAGAGCCAAGUCAAAUGCUCCCAGGCCACCCAACAGUAUGUGGACCGUAUUCAUGAAGUCGGGCUAGAGGACCCAGUUCUGCUGGUUGCACACGCCUACACCCGAUACAUGGGUGAUCUGUCUGGGGGCCAGGUGCUGAAAAAAGUGGCCCAGAGAGCCUUGAAGCUGCCGCCCACUGGCGAGGGAUUGGAAUUCUACCAGUUUGAUGCCAUCCAUAGUGCCAAAGCAUUCAAGCAGCUGUACCGCAGUCGGAUGAACGAGCUGGAACUGGAUGAGGAAACAAAGAAGAAGCUUGUAGACGAGGCUGUGAAGGCUUUUCACUUUAACAUGGAGGUGUUCAAUGAGCUGGAAGAGAUCGGUAAAACCAUCCAGGAGGAAGUUUUGGAUGCCGGCAUGCCUGUCCAUGGAGCAACAGGCGGUGACAUCAGCAAGUGUCCCUACUAUGCUGCCAAGAUGGCGGCAUCAGGUGGAUCAGCAUACGUUCGUCAGCUCGCCAUGGCUGUGCUCCGACACCCAACAGGACAGGUCCUGUUUGCUACGUGGUUUGCUGCUCUGGCUGGAUUGGCAGCGUGGUAUCUGAUGUGAUCUAGCCAUCACCCUGUCACUCUGCUGCUGUGAGAGAGAAGUGGAGAAAUGUUGAAGGAAGGACCGCAAGGAGACUAAGUCCCUCAAACUUUGCACAUAGUUUCAUAUAAACUUUUUGAAUGGGUCCAACGUUGUUUUAGUUACGAGUUUGUUAAAAAGGAUAGCUGACAGAAAAUAAACAUGGAUCAUUCCUAUCAGUGGAAUUCCGAUGAAAUGAUCCACUGGGCCAUAAGGACAUCAACUCCUGCACCAUAAAUCCAUCCAUCUAUCCAUUCAUUAAGUUAUUCAUUGUUACACUGCUUCUUGUAGUCUUUUAAAUUCUCUACCUCCUGUGAACAUUCCCUCCAUUUUCAUCCUUCCAGCGUGUCUGGUAGAGUUUCAGGACCUUUGCAGCUGUUUGCUGACUUUGCAGUUGAAGAUCACCAUGUGAAUAGCUCAUAAGUUGUGAAGCAACAUUUCUUGUCAUUUUAAAAUGGAAUGGCCAGAUUAACACAGUUUAGUGAGUUAGACUAAUCUUAAUGUGUUAAUUCUGUGAUGACCAAAUUCAUGUAACUAUAAAAUCAAUUCAUGGUGAGUUAUGUUGGUUUAAAAUACUAUGCGCAUGUUAUGCAUGAACAGAACAGCACAGCGGGUUUUUGCUGGCAGACAGCUGUGCUGGUUUUAAAUGAGGCCUCGGUGUAUUUGCAUAAAAGAUUUUAAUUCAAGCAGUGACAAGAAGUGACGUUUUAUGUAACAAUGCAAUAGUGACACUGUGUUCUUGUAGUUAAAUUUAGGUAAUGUCUCAAAAUAAGCAUCUUACUGGCCACUUUAUUAGGCAUACCGGUUCAACUGCUCAACUGCUUAUUGAUGCAAAUAUCUAAUCAGCCAAUCAUAUCACAGCAACCAAUGCAUUUAGACAUGUAGAUGUGGUCAAGACAGCCUGCUUGAGUUCAAAAGAAUCUUCUAAACAGGAAAGAAAGGUGAUCCACUGAUUUUAUGCACAGCCAUCUCUGAGAUUUACAGAGAAUGGUGCAAAAAAGAUGAAAUACCCAAUGAAAGGCAGCUUCCAGGACUGAAAUGCCUUAUUUAUGGUAGAGGUCAGGGGAGAGACUGGUUCAAGUGGAUAGAAAGGCAAUAGUCACACGUUGAUGUGUCCCUGGGCUAAGACACUUAACCCAAAUUUGCUCCCAGUGCUUCUCGUCAGUGUCGUGUAAAUGGGUAUGGAUGCGUUUGAAUGGGAUUAGCUAAUACUGAUGGCCAAUUCUCAUAGCAGCUUCUGCCAUCAGUCUGUGAAUGUGGUCUGAAAGCGUGUGAAUGGCCAGGUGUGAUCAGCAGUUUGAGUAGUCAGAUGGCUGGAAAGCUCAAGUCCAUUUACCAAAAUUACACAAUAGGAGAUUGGGAAAACAUUGCUAGGUCUGAUAAGCCUUGAUUUCUGCUCAGCUUUUGAGUUAUAGGGGUCAGAAUCUGUUGUGCAGACAUGGAAACCUGCCAUCAGCUAUAUUCAAGGUCACUUAAAUCACCUUUCCUCGCCGUUCUGUUGCUUUGUUUAAACUUCAGCUCAUUGUCUUCACCAUGUUUACAUACCUGAAUGCAUUAGUUGCUGCGAUGUAAUUGGCUAAUUAAGAUAUCUGCUAAUAAGCUGAAGAGGUGUACCUAAUGAAAUAGUCAGUGAGUGCUUAAAUUAAUGUGAAAAUACAGUGCACAUCAUUUCAGGACUCGAAUAUUGCCUCAGUUUUCUGGAGUUGUGUUUAUGCAUACUGUCAAAAAGGAAAUAAGAGUCAGAAGCCCUUUUUUAGAUAAAAUCUAGCACACCUACACUUUCAGGAGUGUAUGAUAAAAUCUUUUAGAUAGCUGUGAAUCUAGAAAAUUAAAGAAUCUGAUGCAUGCUCAGAAUAAUGCCAUAGGGUAUAGUACUCUUAACUCUUAACUAAAACUGCCUGUUGUCUUUGAAAAUGCACAGCAUGAUUCUCCAUGAUAAUGCAGAAGCCUAUAUUAGGACAGAAGUGUUAACACAGGGGACUGCAGCUGUUUUAAAAAGAAUGUUUUAUAAUGUUGAUUUGUCCACAUGAAGGCUAAAUAUGGGUCUUAUUGUUGUGGUGUAUUAUGAGCUACUUCAGGUUAGGUAGUUUCUGUACAGGAUCAUCAUUUAAACUCUGUAUCAGUCUUCAUCGACUUUCAUACUGUGUGUUGGAAAAACUGUUCCCAUUAGAGCACAACUGUUUUUUUUCAACAUGAAUUAGGAGAAAUAUUUAGUACUGUGUGUGCUUUAUGCAGUGUAAUUGCAUUGAAUUGUAAUAUUUAUCCUAACAGUUAUGAAAAAUAAUUAACUUUGCUUUAUCUUUCAAAGCGGUUUGUAUCUUUUGCCUUUGCUUGAGUUUGUUGGACAAAGAGUACCAAAGGAAACCUACUGAGAGCAAUGUUUCAACCAGGUUCCUGCACUUUUUGAUUUCUUCAUACAUUCACACAAGAAAACACAUGUACAGUAUUCCUUCUUUGACUCAAUUUCUUCAGGAUUAAGUGCUGGGAGGCAGCUGUUCAAUACAUGUUCAAUACAUGUUUUGUAUUGAGAGUCUCAGGGUCAUGUUGCAGUCAAAUGGUAAGAUUGAUUAUAGCUGAUUAAUGCAGGGGUUGUCCUCUCAUACUCCUGUCAUUAACUUUCCAUGUUUUAUUACAUGCUUUCCAUGCCAGUGUGUCAAAAUGCCACAGUGUUUUGAAGAAAUGAAGGGACCAUUACUUGAAUUUUAAAAGUUCAGGUACCUUUAAUCAUCUAUUUAAAAAAAAAAACUCAAGUGUGUGCACAACUAACCUAUGCUGAUUUUUUGUUCAUAUGCAUUUUCAUUAACUUUGCACGUCUGUUUAUGGAUGCUGAGAUCAGCUGUGUUUGCAAUAACUUUUUAAUUCUGUUAUCUUCAGAUCACAAGUUAAUUAUGUCAAGAUGACAGAGCUUGUUUGUUUCUUGAAAGCAGGUUAUUAAUCAUAUUAUAUGGAGAAAACAAAAACUUGAUUUCUAAAGGUAAUGAGAAAAUUUAUCACAGGAAGAUGACUAUUUCUUUCUUAAGAUCAUUGCAUGAGUAGAGAGAAUGAGUUUCUGGUUAGUGUGACCACAUUGAAUUUACAAUAACGAUCAUGACUGUGAAGGAGGAGUCACAUCUGAACAAUGAUCUCAGUGUGAUGCAUCGAUGUAUAAGAAGUACUCCCUGAUGCAACAUUUUCACCUGAAAUCACUCUACAAUCGUCAAGACGCCCAUAAUGCAUGUUGCCAUGGCAUGUCAUCUCUGAUAAACAAGGCGGAUGUGUUUAAUUGGAUUGUUAUUGCUGUCAUUUAAAUAAGAAAAGCUUAUUUUCUCACUCAGAUUGAAAAUCAACCUAAGCGUGUCUAUUCUCAGCCUCUAAACUGUCUUGAUCAAACUGUCAAAAGCGUUACAAAUGACUGUUUUGUUUGCCUUCAGGUAUGAAUGAAAAUCCAGGAUUGUGCUGUGCUGUCUAUAAUGAAAGACAUGAUUUCCCCCCCUGCUCAUGCUGAAAUA